UGCUGGUGUCUGUUUCAAAUUUUGAUUUACUUUUAAAUAGAGCAAAGUCUAAUUUUAAAUUAUUUGUGCAUACUAAUCGUGUUGAAAAGAAUUAUAUCGAUCUAGUGUAACGUAAAAUUUGUUUGUGUUAGUCAUUAUCUAGUGCAUAUACGAUAAUCAAUUGCGCUGCUGCGCUAUCGGGCAUGUCAAAUUUUGUCAAAUGGUCCCUAGCAGUCGGGAGGUGUAGUAGUCUCUUGGAUUUCGAAGUGUGUGAACAACGACAAAUCAAUACGAUGAUCCGUUGAUCAUUUACCUAUAACUGGACGAACAAUCUAGUCCUUUCUUCCAUUAGUUUAUUUGUAUUAUUGGACAAAGAAGUUGAACUUUACACAAAAUGUUUAGUAAGCCAUACGAAAAGAGACUGGUGCAGCAGUGCAGUCCAGUGAGCAAGAAGGAAUCGGUGCUUGUUCGACCUGAAGUGAUGGACAGAUUUAUACCUUGUCGUCCUGAUAAUAAUUGGCAGACCAGCUUCCAAGCUAUACGUCGAGGCACAGAGAACCAGCCGGCUAAAAAGGCGCGUUCGGAGGGCGCCGCUAACGAUGGCACUGGCGGGCGUGAGCACCUUGCCUAUACCUGUCUACUUCGGAAUGAGCUCCUGGGCGCGGAGAUAGACGAGCUACGGGGUCCAGCAUGCGAGAGCAGGGCAGCACUGGGCGCUGUGCAGCUUGCUUCGGCUGCCACUGCUGCGCUAUCGUACUCGCCGCGCGUCUUCAAGUUCAGAGCCCCCGUCCAUAGUGCAGAGGAGAAUAUAGAUCCGUCGCCAUACAGUCUGUCACCAGUGUCAGCAAAAUCUCAGAAGCUAUUACGUUCACCGCGCAAAGCUACUCGCAAGAUAUCCCGUAUCCCGUUCAAAGUGCUCGACGCUCCGGAAUUGCAGGAUGACUUCUAUCUGAACCUGGUGGAUUGGUCGGCUCAGAACGUGCUCAGUGUGGGCUUAGGCAGCUGUGUGUAUCUAUGGAGCGCUUGCACCAGCCAGGUGACGCGGCUAUGCGACCUGUCAUCAGAAGGCAAUGCUGUCACGUCGGUGGCAUGGAGCGAGCGUGGUCAUCUUGUCGCUGUUGGCACGCAGAAAGGACACAUCAGUGUCUGGGAUGUUGCCGCCAACAAGGAGGUGACAAAGCUGCAGGGUCACAUCGCGCGUGUGGGCGCUCUGGCCUGGAACGGCGACAUGCUGAGCUCCGGCUCGAGGGACCGCCACAUACGGCAGCGGGACACAAGGACGCCACCGCAACAGACGUCUCGUGUGCUGCAGGGACACAGACAGGAGGUGUGCGGCCUCAAAUGGUCACCCGACGGACAGUCGCUCGCAUCAGGAGGAAACGACAACAAACUCUUCGUCUGGUCUAUGCACAGCACAUCCCCCGUGCAGACGUACUCAGCGCACGUAGCGGCUGUGAAGGCGAUAGCGUGGUCGCCGCACCAGCACGGGCUGCUGGCGUCUGGCGGUGGUACUGCUGACCGCUGUAUACGGUUCUGGAACACUCUCACCUCACAGCCAAUGCAGUGUGUAGAUACAGGAUCACAAGUUUGCAACCUGGCUUGGUCUAAACAUUCCAGCGAGUUGGUCUCCACACACGGAUAUUCACAAAAUCAAAUUCUAGUAUGGAAGUAUCCAUCUUUAACACAGGUAGCAAAACUAACUGGACAUUCGUAUCGAGUACUCUACCUUGCUCUGUCCCCUGACGGCGAGGCGAUAGUCACCGGCGCAGGGGACGAGACAUUACGCUUCUGGAAUGUCUUCUCAAAAACUCCUUCCCACAAGGAGAAUAAGAGUGUACUCAAUCUGUACACUGCACUUAGAUAAACUGCAAAGACUAAAGUGAAACGUCAAAUGGCGCUAGUGUAGCAAUAGACUAUGAAAUGUCAAACUAGUGUUGCCAUCUCCCGAUUUUAAGGCAUAGACAAUGUGAAAUGUCAAACCAAAUACGUUUGAGUUGUGUGUGUUUAUUUAUUAAGACGCAACAAGAGUGAAAAUUAUAAUUUAAGUUAUCAGAUGUCUAAUAUAUUGUAAAGGGAUUUUUUUUUUAUCAAUCUAGCGUUUAUAUCUAGUUAUACAUAAUGUAUAAUAUUUUUAUUUGCGACAAUUCGUUUUUGGAAUCGAUUUAUUGUUGCGUAUGUUGGGAUAGAUUAAAAAUAUAAUUUGACGUUUAA